AUGGGUGAUCACUUGUUAAGGCUUGUCAUUUGUUUAGGUUUUGUGUUGAACGGUUAUCAAACCAAUGACGAAAGUUUUGACCUCAACAUAGUUAACUUGACUUUGGUUUCGAAUGCAGUGGAAAAAGGAGCCGUUUGUAACGACGGGUCGUCAGCAGCUUACUAUUACGAUCCAGGAUUUGACGACGGCGUUAAUAAUUGGUUCGUUACCUUACAGGGUGGUGGUUGGUGCACUUCAGAUGAAACUUGUACUUAUAGAUUAACAAACGGAUUAGGAAGCAGCAAAUACUAUAAUGAGAGUGUUUUUUUCGGCGAGAUAAAAAGCACAAACCAGACUGUGAAUCCAGAUUUCUAUAAUUGGAAUAGAAUCAUUGUUGAAUACUGCGAUAGCUCAUCCUUCAUGGGGAAAUCCAAUCAUCCUAAAAUAAUUAGUAGGGGUGCCCGAAUAUUCUACGCCGUAAUGGAAGAAUUAUUGGAAAAAGGAAUGGCCAGUGCAAAAAAUGCCAUUCUUUCCGGCACAUCAGCCGGCGGAUUAUCAGCCAUUUUACAUUGCGAUGAUUUCCGGGUCCUUUUGCCUUUUACUAGUCGAGUGAAAUGCCUCGUUGAUUCUGGUUUCUUCAUUCACGCACCAAAGCUUCUUGGAGCUAAAAGGAUAGAAGAAUAUUUUGCCAAUUAUGGUGUGGCCACCACAAAAAUAUUAAGCAAGGUCCACCGUUAUUGCUCAUCAAUAGGGAUGUUUAUUCAUCCUUGUUUGCGUCAUGGCCAUUUCUUUCAAGACUCAGGAUGGCACGCGUCAUAUAAGCUGAGAGAUAAAACUAUUCCGGAAGCAGUUGGAGAUUGGUUCUAUGACAGAAGCACCCGAUUUCAAGAAAUUGAUAACCAUAAAUUUCCAUUGUCACUAAACUGCACCAAGCUUCCAACUUUAUAA